GGCUUUGCUUCAAGGACGAACUCGAAAGAAGACAUUCGCAGCUUCCUUACAAGCAUACAGGAUCCAUAUUUGGUAGAGCACUGGUUGUCCUCCUUCAAUGAUCAAUGGAGCAUUCCGAUGGUAUGCUUCAGCUUCAGCCUCAGCUGCUACUUCCAAGGUUUAAUGGGGAAAAGUUUCAAUAUUGGAAAACUCAGAUGAAAGCCAUGUUCAAAUCCAAGGAUUUAUGGGAAAUUGUUGAAGGAGGAAUACCAACAAAAGAUAAUAAACAGGUUCAAAGCAAAGACUCGGAGGCCUUGUUCUAUAUUUUUCGAGCUGUAGAUGAAAAAAUUUUCUCGGAGAUCGCUAUCUUAUCAUCAGCCAAAGAAGCUUGGGACAGGUUGGAGAUGAAAUAUGAAAAGGCAGGGCAAGAAAGCAAAGAAUAUGAAAAAAGUAAAGAAAGUGAAGAAAGCAAAAUAAUCAAAGGUGCACAUCUUGAUGUUCUAGGUGAAGCAAGAAAUACAAACUAUUUAAGUUGGAAAACCGCGAUGAUAAAAUACUUGGAGGAACAAGGGAUGGAGGUAUCUAUGAAUCAACAAGUUUCAGAAGGUGAUUUAAUGGCUCUGAAUGAAUCCACGAUGAAAAAGAAAAACGAUGAAGCUAUCUCUAUAAUCUAUCAACACUGCAAUGGAAUGAUCCAGUCUUUUAUUAAAGAUUUGUACCCAGCCAAAAUUGUCUGGCGUCAAUUGGAUGUUAUCUUUCACCACCCUGAGGAAGCCAUACCAGAGUUGCAGAAAAUGACUACGUACACAUGGUGUCAAGAAUUCUACAAUAACAUUGUAGGCGGUAAACAUAAAAAAGUUGAGAGUUUCCUCAAGGAAAAUGAAGGGGUGGUUGCAUGCAGAAUUACAGUAUGCUACGAUUUUCCUCUUCACGUCGCAGCGAGAGCAGGGAAACUGAAAAUUGUAAAGCUGCUACUAGGCAGGAUGAGCAGUGAAGAGAUAAUGACAAGGAAUGGAGAUUUGAGAACAGCACUUCACCUGGCAGCCUCCAGUGGGCACUUGAAGGUUGUAAAGGCCUUGGUAGAGAAGGAGAGGCGCCUGCUGCUGAUGCAAGCUCAUCAUUCCACAUCCCUCCACCUCGCCAUCAGGAACCGCCAAAAGGAAGUUGUCAAAUAUCUUUACCAUGCCGAUCUUGAAGAGGAAAAGACUUCUGCUAAAUAUCAUGAAACCACAGAUCGCAAAAAGUUUUGGGCUAAUAUUCUUUGUAAUUUUAUUCAUGGCCGCUUCUUUGAUCUGGCUUUGGAUCUACUCAAGUCCUUCCCGGAUUUGCUCUUGGUGGAGGAUGCAUAUGGGGAAACGGCCAUAACUGCACUAAUUGAAUGUACUUCUGAUGAAAAUAAAAACUGGUGGAAAGCCAUUAUAACGCCUAUCUCCACAGGCAUUCAAGAUAUUAAAUCAAGACUCUCUUCUUCUCGCAAACGAGAUGUGGAGAAUCCAGAUAAUGCUGAUCGUCAAGCUAAUCCUUUUGUCCCAGUGCCACUCAAAUCUGCCAUGCAAAUGAAACGAUUGAGGUUGAUGCCUGGAAGUGCCUUUAAUCUACUACGACUAAUAUGUCAAAGAGUUGCAACUGAAAUGGUGAUUGAUGUUAAUAAUGAGGGCAAGAAGCACAGAGAAAUGAAAGCAUUAAUGACCAAAGCGCUUUUCCUGGCGGUGGAGAAGGGGAAUGUCGACUUCAUUGCUGAGAUUCUGAGAUAUUGUCCCCAGCUAGCACGACUCAAGAACGAGCAACACAUGACCCUGUUUCAUGCUGCAAUUCUCAACCGCCAAGAUAGAAUAUUCAAGCUCAUCCUUGAUCUCCAAGUGCCACUCAGCAUAAUUUAUGCUUACAAGGAAAACCAAUCAAACAACACAUUACAUCUUGUAGCAAUGUUGCCACCCAAGGAUAGACUUAAUCAGAUCUCUGGUGCAGCUCUUCAGCUGCGGAAUGAACUCAUCUGGUUCAUGAAAGUGCAAGGCAUUCUCCCACCCAACAGCCACAUAGAAGUUAACCGAGACAACAAAACACCAAAGAUGUUAUUCAAUGAAACGCACCAUGAAUUGUUCAAAGACGGAGAGGAAUGGAUGAAGAGAACCGUGGAUGCGUGUAUGGUGGUGGCCGCGCUAGUGGCUUCAGUUAUGCUUUCAGCAACUCUGUCAUUGCCCGGUGCAACUAAAAACGACACCGGCAUCACCAUUUUCAUCCAACACAAAAUCUUCUACUACUUCGUCGUAUCAAACAUGGUAUCGCUUCUCUUCUCCUCUGCUUCCAUGAUUGCCUUCCUCUCCAUUUAUAUGUCCCGCUUCACAGAAGUAGAUUUCUUAGACACCCUACCCUGGAUGUUGUGCAUCGGCCUUCUAUUCCUUUUCAUCUCUAUUGCAGCCAUGAUGACUACUUUUGUUAGCACCCUACUCAUGGUGCUCCGAGACGAAAUCAAGUGGGCUAUGAUUCCUCCUGCAUCUCUAGCUAUUCUCCCAAUUGCCAUACUUUCUCUGCGCCAACUCCCCAUCUUGCUUGACAUGAUGCUUUCAACCUACUCGCUAAGCAUUUUUACUCAGUCAAGAAGACAACUCAAUGUCUAGCUAGCUCAUUGAGGGAUCAAUUUCAAUUCGUUGCCAAAUGUAAUAUUUGUUUGCAUUAAUUUUGUUAAGUUAUAUAGAUUGCUGAGUUGAUUAUCACUUCUUUGAUUUAAUUUAUUGUGUGUAAUUUGAUCAAUCAAAAACCUACAUUACAUCAAACCAUAUUAAA